UGUGUCCCGUCCGCUUUAACUAGAGAAAUCGCUCGUUUUCGCGGAGUGAAGAGGACGAACUGAAACGUUCUAAAUAAUCGAAAUCGCGUCUUGCCGUCGCAUACGUCGCCGCCGGAUUCGCUCAGUUUCACCGCCGGUCACCGACGCGAAUACCGAUCUCCUCUCGUUCGAAAACUUCAGGAUCAACUUCUUACUCGCCGCGUGAAUUAAUCGAACGAUUCCGGACACGUUCGACGAUUUUCAACCGAGAAGAGGGGAAAAGAAUUGGAGUUUCUACGCGAUCAAAGACACACCAGAGAGAGAAUAUCUACACUUUCGUAACGUGACGACACAUCGAACGAACCUGUUCCUGUGUACGUACUUACACACCGUUACGAUUUUAUGCACGCGAGAACGAAGUAACCAAGUGUCGUCACCUCUCUACCGAAGAAUUGUGUUUAAGAGAGGCGUUCUGUAUACACUAUAUUCGCUCGACAUGUGUUUAACACCGUUGCUGGCUUGUACGUACACACAAUCUACAUUUCACGAUACGUACACACGAGGCUCGUUCCAGUGCGGCGCAAGCAAACUGUUCAAUAUCAAGUUCAACCUCGAACAGUCGACCAGCGUUGUUUGAAGUUGAAUCUUCGUUCUUUCCUUCCUGCGGCGGAUGAGAUAAUGCGCGUUCCCCACUGCUUGUCCCCACUUCUCGAUCAGCUGGUUUCACGAAUGGCCGAUGUAGCGCACCGAUCAGUUAAGCUGGAUACAUGAAUUGGAUGGCCUGCGAUGGCCGCGGUUAGCAGCGUGCGAUCGUUGCAAUUACUUUCCACUGCAUUUUACGAACCAAUCAACGUAUGUGAACAACUCGUCUUUUCAUCGUCCGUCGGAAACUGGGACGACAAUUCCGCGGGAUAAAUCACUUUGAAUUAACAAUUUAAACUGUCCGACUAUCUUCCUAAGAAACGAUCCGCGAAAAAUGUCAGCGUCACAGACAAAAAACACAAGGGAUGAAUCCAGAGGUAAUAUUCUCACGAACCAUACGUGGAGUAAUGGACCCGACAGCGAUGACGAGCUAGCUAGAGAAAAUGAAUUGUUGAACGAAAAUAUGGUCAGUCCAAGUCAUCGACGAUUAACUGUAGAAGAACAAUCUGCUUAUAAUAUGACACUGUUCACUGAGGGGAAGAUGCGCAGAAAAUUAAAGUUUUUCUUCAUGAAUCCUAUUGAAAAAUGGCAAGCGAAACGUCGCUUGCCGUAUAAAUUUGCUGUUCAAGUCAUUAAAAUUGUGCUGGUCACUGUACAACUGUGUUUAUUUGCACAUAACAACUAUAUGCAUGUAAAUUAUGCUUGGGAUAAUCGAAUUGCUUUCUCACAUCUGUUUCUCAAAGGAUGGGAUGCUACUCAGGAGGUUGCACUUUAUCCACCAGCAACAGGUCCUUUGGCAAUUUAUAAAAAAGAUGAUUUCUAUCGUACAAUUGAUUAUGCCUUAGAUGGUUAUUAUAAUCUUAGUAAUGCAAUUGGAUCUUACUCGUAUACUGCAGAAGACAACUCAGUAGAUACUGUUGUUUUAUGCUUAUAUCACUAUAAAGAAGGUAUUAUAUUUGGUUUUAAUGAAAGUUAUGUCUUUGAUAAAGAAAUCAUAGAAGUUUGUAUAAAUAUAACCACUGAAUCUUACAACUUAAUGGAUACGUCGAAACGCUUAUUGCGCGAAAAUCAGAUUAAUAUAAAUUUUUCGGCCCUUGUUAGGGCUCAUUUAAAGUUUGCUUUGAAAACUGUUAAUUUAAAAGCUGCAGGACCUAUGACUCCACCUGAUUGUUAUCAGUUUAAUAUAACAAUUAAUUUCGAUAAUCGCGAUUUUGAUGGACAAAUGUUGCUUUCAUUAGACGCCAAACCUGUAAGGUUGCAAUGUAAAGGCGAUACGCGUUACGUAACAAAUAAUCGCAUUGAAUCAACAUUAAGGACUUUACUCAAUUUACUUGUCAUUUUUAUUUGUACUCUAUCUCUUAGUUUAUGUUCAAGAGCUAUAUACAGAGCGCAAUUACUGAAAUACGAAACGAUGAAUUUCUUUAUGAAAACAUAUGGUAAAACAUUGAGUUUUGAAGGAAGAUUAGAGUUUUUAAAUUUGUGGUAUGUUAUGAUUAUUGUAAAUGAUCUCUUAAUUAUUAUUGGCUCAGCUUUAAAAGAAAAAAUUGAACGAAAACAAUUUGGUACUGACUACUGGAAUGUGUGCAGUAUAUUUCUUGGUACCGGAAAUUUGCUCGUUUGGUUCGGUGUAUUACGAUACCUUGGUUUCUUUAAAACGUACAACGUGGUGAUUCUAACGUUGAAAAAAGCUGCUCCUAAAGUAGCACGAUUUUUAAUAUGUGCCAUUCUCAUUUAUGCUGGUUUCACGUUCUGUGGCUGGUUAAUUUUAGGCCCGUAUCAUAUGAAAUUCACAUCUCUCGCUUCAACUUCUGAAUGUCUGUUCGCUCUUAUAAACGGAGACGACAUGUUCGCUACAUUUUCCAUGACAUCGUUCGAAUCACCGAUGUUAUGGUGGUACUCUAGAAUCUAUUUAUACUCGUUCAUUUCAUUAUACAUAUACGUGGUUUUAAGUUUAUUCAUUUCUGUGAUAAUGGACGCUUACGAUACAAUCAAAGUUUAUUACCGCGAUGGUUUCCCGAAAAACGAUUUGCAAACUUUUAUCGCGGCUUGCACAGACAAAGCGUCCAGUGGUCUCUAUAGAGACGAUUCUGAGAAAAGCGAUUUAUCAAUGCUUUUGGAUCGCUUUUGUUGUUGUCGGAAAAGUCCCUUUUACGGGUCAGUCUCAGGUUCAAGUACAGAAUUCUCAACGAAAUCGGACCAAACGUGUGGGACAGCAGUCUGUAUAUAGUGCGUUAAAGAACAAUAAUGUAUUAUAUAAAUAUUAUGGCUCCACAGCAAAUACUCGAUAUUACAAUGAGAAUUUUGUCAUGUAAAGUAUUUUCUAUGAAAUCAGUGCGUUCCAUUUGUUUUUCG